AUGACUCGCAUUGCGGAUUACCGUGUUCAGGCCAAAGCAGAGACGACAAAGCGCCUGAUUGCACAGCUAAUCAAUGAGGAACUGGCGAGACUUACUAUUAGUGCUUGCGGUCAGUCUGAGAUAUAUGAAGCUUGUAUUUCAAAAGAUGGCGAUACCACCCGACGAAUACUGCUUUGUGUACGUGACAGGAACCGUUCUCUUGGGCGGCCAAACGACUUCAUAGCACCUGUUAUUCUGGACAGUGCAGACCUGGAAGUGAAACAUGAUGAUCCGGGCACGAUCUUCGACUUCAUCUCCUCUUGGUUAGACUGCAAUGAGAAAAUGAAAGAAUCGAUCGUCAGCGAGUUGCGGAAUUCUGCAAUCAUGUUAGAAAAAUGGAUGGAAUACGGGGCUAAGAAACCAAUGCUCAACCUGAAUUCCCCAUUUAUUGAAUGGGAACAGUCGGUCGUUUCAGGCCAUCCCACUCAUCCGUCCCUUCGGGACUUGUUCGAAAUUGAGGAUAUCAGCACUGACAAAAGUAUCAUCGUGCCAUGCCUUUUGCAACAACUCCCCGCUGUCCAGAGGUUCUUUCCGGAAGCAAAAGUAAUAAAAUCAGUCCCUCAUUGCGCCAAGGCCCAGACCUCUAUACGAACUGUGUCUGUCUCAGGUUUUGAGCUGGAGAAAUUCUCUCUUGCUUGCCUGAUAACAUCAGGAUUCCGGGCUUUGGCAUGCUGGGCUGCAGCUCUUGCUGUAGACAUGACCUAUGUACUUCGGAAGCUACUUCCGUCCGACCUGUGGAUAUUCGGAGAGGUCGCGGCCAUAACCGGCAGCCAGGAAGACGUAAGUGAAGCUCGACAUUUGACCUGCGUGCUAAGGGAGAGCCUCGAGGUCAGAGCCGAACGAAAUGACGAGAGCUUGAUUCUUGUUUCUGCGUUGAUGGAAAAACCGGGUAAUGGCGAGGCGACAUAUGCUGAAAUAUUAUUCGACUUGAAAACGGCGGAACGUAAGAUAGAAUGGUUCAAAGGCUAUAUCUCAUGUCUUCUUCCCUUGGCGCUAGACCCUCUCCGACGUCACGGAAUAGGUUGCGAGUUCCAUGCGCAGAAUACAAUCGUGCGCCUCUGCCGCAAGACCAAGUCAAUUAAAGGGUUCGCAAUCCGAGACCUAUCCGGGGUGAGGUUGCAUGGGUCUUCACUCAAGGAGCAGGGAUUUGACAUCAGCAAAUUUGACAAUGUUUCCACCGAAGAACUCCCAAUGUUGUGGAACAGAAUGCAUCAUGCGUUGAUACAAAACAAUAUUGGUUUCAUGCUUUACGCUUUUGGUUUAGAAAAUAACCCCGAGGGAUGGGCUGCUGUGCACUCCAUCCUCUCAGACACUUUAGAGUCGGGGAAUGAUUUGAUUGGGAAGGAAAUCUUUCAACACUUCUGCAAGGAGACAAUGCCGUUCAAAUGCUUCAUCAACAUGAGAAUGAAUGCUCUGUUCAACUGCGUCAGUACCCUGCCUCAUAUCCUGAACGUCUUGCUUAUACGUGAAACUAGCCAAUGA